UGAUAGCGUCGCGUUCCCGUCCCGUGUCUUCCAUCUCCCUGCUCUUCCCGUUCCGUCCUGUGAGCUGUGACGCGUGGGGGUGAGAAAGAGAUCGGAUUCCGGAGCGAAACGGCCAAGGACGCACUCGAUUGCUACUUGGUUUGGUGCUGCUGCUAUCGCUUCCACCCCUCUAUCUCCAUUACUCGAGUAAUGGUGAGGAGGCAGUAGCGCUCAGUGGAGCAGCGGCCGGCAGCGCGGCGGAGGGGAGGGGACAUCGCGGAGGAGUCACACUUCGCUGCUGCGGUUCCAGUGGCGGCCCGCGCGUGUCGCGCGCUCCAUGCGGCUCGGGUGCGGCCCGUGAGAUCCGUCCGCAGCAGCAGGCAUGUCGCGGCCGCUGUACCGGGGGGUGUCGGGGAUCGGCGGCAAGCCGGCGGCGGCGGUGGAGGGGGCGUACUACGACCCCAAGGAGCCCGGCGAGAACGGCAUUGGCGGCCGGGGCGGCGCCCGGAGGCGGCACCUCGCGGCCGCCGCGGUGAGGAUCGGGGUCCUGGUCCUGGCGGCGGCGGCGCUCGUGGGGUCGGUCGCGUGGGCGGGGACGCUCUACGCGGGGCGCGGCGCGGCGGCGCGCGCGGCCGCGGCCGCCGCGCACCGCGGGUACCGCCGCCUGCAGGAGCAGCUGGUCACCGACCUGCUCGACAUCGGCGAGGUCGCGGGCGGCGGCGUCCGCGCCAAGGAGGCCGAGGUGUGCCCGCCCGAGUACGAGAACUACGUGCCCUGCUACUACAACGUCACGGACGCCGUCGACGUCUCGGAUCUGGGCGGCGGCGUCGUCAUAAGCUACGAGCGCCAGUGCACGCGCGACGGCAGGGUCGCCUGCCUCGUCGCGCCGCCGCGGAGCUACCGGAUCCCCGUGCGGUGGCCCAGCGGCAAGGGCUUCAUCUGGAAGGACAACGUGCGGAUUAGCGGGCAGGAGUUCUCGUCCGGGAGCCUGUUCAAGAGGAUGAUGGUGGAGGAGGACCAGAUCUCCUUCCCGUCGGACGCGCACAUGGCUGACGGCGUGGAGGAUUAUGCCCAUCAAAUUGCCGAGAUGAUUGGGCUGCGGAAUGAAUUCAAUUUCAAUGAGGCUGGGGUUAGGACAGUCCUUGACAUAGAAUGCGGAUUUGGUACCUUUGGGGCACAUCUUUUUGAGAGAGAUCUCUUGACCAUGUGCAUUGCUAACUAUGAGCCAUCAGGUAGCCAAGUGCAAAUUACAUUAGAGAGAGGCAUUCCUGCAAUGAUCGGUUCAUUUGCAACGAAGCAGCUUCCAUAUCCCUAUCUUUCCUUCGAUAUGGUGCAUUGUGCAAAAUGCAACAUUGAAUGGGACAAAAAUGAUGGCAUUUUCUUGGUUGAAGUGAACAGGCUUUUGAGGCCUGAUGGAUAUUUUGUAUGGACAUCGAAUUUGAAUACACAUAGGGCCUUGCGUGACAAAGAAAAUCAAAAGAAAUGGACAGCCAUUCGUGACUUCGCUGAGAGCCUUUGUUGGGAGAUGCUAUCACAACAAGAUGAGACAAUUGUAUGGAAAAAGACAAAUAAAAGGGACUGCUACACUUCAAGAAAAUCUGGGCCUGAGCUUUGUGGCCAUGAUCUAGAAUCACCAUACUACCAACCACUAAACCCCUGCAUAUCAGGCACAAGAAGUCAGCGUUGGAUCCCCAUUGAACAUCGUACGACCUGGCCAUCUCAGGCUAGACAGAACUCAACAGAACUUGACAUACAUGGCGUGCAUUCAGAAGUAUUUGCUGAUGAUACUUCAAGCUGGGACUCCAUGGUGCGAAACUACUGGUCGUUGCUGUCUCCACUUAUAUUUUCAGAUCAUCCAAAGAGACCUGGUGAUGAGGACCCACAGCCACCAUUUAACAUGCUAAGGAAUGUUUUAGAUAUGAAUGCUCACUUUGGUGGAUUUAAUGCUGCUUUACUGAAGGCUGGAAAGUCUGUAUGGGUGAUGAAUGUUGUUCCUACGAAUGCCCCAAACUAUCUACCACUAAUAUUUGACCGUGGGUUUAUUGGGGUUCAACAUGACUGGUGUGAAGCAUUUCCAACUUACCCAAGAACAUAUGAUAUGGUGCAUGCUGAUGGCUUGCUAUCACUUGAGAAGAGCCACAAGCAUAAUAGAUGUUCUACUCUUGACAUAUUCUUGGAAGUUGAUCGCAUCCUACGACCAGAGGGCUGGGUCAUAAUCCGUGACACCGCCCCUCUUAUUGAAGCUGCAAGAUCUGUUGUUACUCAACUCAGAUGGGAUGCCCGUAUUUUAGAUCUUGACAUAGCUAGUGAUGAAAAGCUACUGGUCUGUCAGAAGCCCUUUGUCAGAAAAGCGGGGCCCACGCCCCCCAGCCCAUCACCGCGGUUCCGGGUCCCGCACGUCAUGCUCGGCGACGACCGCGUGCCCCGAGGUCCAGACUGGCUGGCGAGUGGCCCCGCGCCGCCCGAUCCUGAUCCGACGAGGCGUCUGCCCCCGCGGCCAGCCCCCAUGGCGCCGCGACAGCCGUGGUGGAUGGCGCUGCUCCUACCCUUCCUCCUCGCCGGCGUCGGGUCCUCCGCCGCCGCGUCGGUUCCUACCGAUGCGUGCCGGGUCCCUACUACCGUGGAAUCCGUCCUCGGGACUCCCGAGAUGUGCUCGACGCUGGAUCGCCUCGGCGACCCGGUCGGGGUCAUCGAGGGAGACGAGGUCACAUUGGCAAAGGCAGUUAAUCUUCUUCACAUGAACAAGGAUGACUAUAUUGCCAUACUUUUCUAUGCAUCAUGGUGCCCAUUCUCACAAGAAUGCAAACCAAAUUUUGAGACAUUGGCUUCCUUAUUCCCAACUAUUCGGCAUUUUGCAUUUGAGGAAUCUGCAAUUAGGCCAAGCAUAAUAUCAAGAUACGGGAUUCAUGGUUUUCCAACACUGUUUCUCUUGAAUUCAACCAUGAGAGUGCGGUAUCAUGGACCAAGGACCGUUAAAUCACUCGCUGCUUUCUACACUGAUGUCUCAGGUAUCAAUGCUUUGGUGAAGUCAACUGCAGGGGAGGCCAUGGUACAUUCCUUAGAUGAUAUUGAGCAUAAAAAGGACGCCGAACAGGAAAAUUGCCCAUUCUGGUGGGCGCGUUCGCCUGAGAAAAUACUUCAGCAGGAUACUUACCUGGCAUUGGCGACCACAUUCGUAAUUUUGAGGUUGCUGUAUCUUCUUUUCCCCAAGAUAGAUUCCUUUGCCAGAUGGGCCUGGAGGAGGCAUAAUCUCUUUGCAAACUUGACGGGUGCACAUGAAUAUUUUCUCAACUACCUUGAGCAAGCAAGACAGAAAUUCCAUAGGCUCUACCCUUCAAGUUCAAAGCGGGGGAAUUUGCAGGAGGGGGCAAUGAACGCCACUGCUUGGGCCUCAAAGUCAUUAGCUUCUGUAUCGAUCGGAGAACCAAGCACCAUGGGAAGGACAAACUCUACGAGUGAGCUAAGAUGAACUGUAGCUUCUUUUUGUCCGCAGGGAUAUAUAUGUACAGUACAGUAGAGUGAUCAGGAUAUGAACACCAAGAAUCUGUUGUAACGGCUGUAUUACUCAUUGUAACAUCCUCCUUAGAAUAAGCACAUUCACUGUUUCGGCCCCUGUUUCUCGUUGUUGUUACAGCCCAAUUCUUUGGAGGAAUAAAAGUCUCUGGUGUAUUGCGCAA